AGAGAUGCCAAGGGCCAGUACCUGUUUGACCUUCUCUGCCACCACCUGAACCUGCUGGAGAAGGACUACUUUGGCAUUCGGUUUGUGGACCCUGACAAGCAAAGGCACUGGCUGGAGUUCACCAAGUCGGUGGUGAAGCAGAUGAGAGCCCAGCCUCCCUUCACCAUGUGCUUCCGUGUGAAGUUCUACCCCACCGACCCCGCGGCGCUGAAGGAGGAGAUCACCAGGUACUUGGUCUUCCUGCAGAUCAAACGGGAUCUCUACCACGGCCGUCUCCUCUGCAAGACGUCGGAUGCUGCUCUCUUGGCCGCCUACAUCCUUCAAGCUGAGAUUGGUGACUAUGACCCAGGGAAGCACCCAGAAGGCUACAGCUCCAAGUUCCAGUUCUUCCCCAAGCACUCGGAGAAGCUGGAGAGGAAAAUCGCAGAGAUCCACAAGUCUGAGCUGAGUGGACAGACUCCAGCUACUUCAGAGCUGAACUUCCUCAGGAAAGCCCAGACUCUGGAGACCUAUGGGGUUGACCCACACCCUUGCAAGGACGUGUCGGGGAACGCGGCGUUCCUGGCCUUCACCCCCUUUGGCUUCGUGGUUCUGCAGGGAAACAAGAGAGUCCACUUCAUCAAAUGGAAUGAGGUGACCAAGAUGAAGUUUGAGGGGAAGACCUUCUACCUGUAUGUGAGCCAGAAAGAGGAGAAGAAAAUUGUCCUGACCUAUUUUGCCCCAACACCAGAAGCCUGCAAGCACCUCUGGAAGUGUGGGAUAGAGAACCAGGCUUUCUACAAGUUGGAGAAGUCAAGUCAGGUCCGGACGGUGUCCAGCAGCAACUUGUUCUUCAAGGGCAGCCGGUUCCGAUACAGCGGCCGUGUCGCGAAGGAGGUGAUGGAGUCCAGCGCCAAGAUCAAGAGGGAACCUCCCGAGAUUCACCGGGCGGGGCUGGUGCCGAGCAGGAGCUGCCCCUCCAUCACCCACGGCCCGCGGCUGAGCAGCGUGCCCCGCACCCGCAGGAGAGCUGUGCACAUCUCCAUCAUGGAAGGUCUGGAGUCCCUCCGUGACAGCGCCCACUCCACGCCGGUGCGCUCAGCCUCCCACGGCGACGCCUUCGUGGCCCCCGGGCGCAGCGGGCGCGUCGAGAGCAGCGAGCGUGUGGCGGUGAUCGCGGACGAGAACUACAGCCCGGCGGACAGCGUGCUGCCCACGCCGGUGGCCGAGCACAGCCUGGAGCUGAUGCUGCUCUCACGGCAGGCCAACGGGGCCCCGUGCAGCAUCGAGGAAGAGAAGGAGUCGGAAGCCGGCACGCCGGCGGCGGCCGAGGCGGAGGAGGCGGGCGGCGAGCUGCGGGCCCUGUGCCCCGGCGCCGGCAGCCUGGCGCAGGCGGAACAGGUGAAUAAGUUUGUUUUAAGUGUCCUCCGUUUGCUCCUUGUGACAGUUGGACUCCUCUUUGUUUUGCUCCUCCUCCUCAUCGUCCUUACCGAGUCCGACCUUGACACUGCCUUUUUCCGCGAUAUCCGCCAGACCCCCGAGUUCGAGCAGUUCCAUUACCAAUACUUUUGUCCCCUCAGGCGAUGGUUUGCCUGCAAAGUCCGCGCCGUGGUAAACCUGCUCAUUGACACCUGA